AUGCCUCGUUAUGCUCAGAUGGUGAUGGGCCCAGCGGGUAGCGGCAAGAGCACCUACUGCGCCAGGAUGAUCCAACACUUUGAGGCUAUGAAUCGUUCUGUUCAAGUGGUCAAUCUGGACCCUGCAGCGGAGUAUUUUGACUACCCUGUUAUGGCAGACAUCCGUGAACUCAUCCAGGUAGAUGAUGUGAUGGAAGAUGAAUCUCUCAAGUUUGGCCCCAAUGGAGGUUUGGUUUUUUGCAUGGAAUAUUUUGUCAACAACUUUGACUGGUUGGAGGAAGCCUUGGGUCACGUCGAGGAUGACUACAUCUUGUUCGACUGCCCAGGUCAAAUUGAAUUGUAUACUCACCUGCCUGUCAUGAAGCAGCUGGUGGAACAACUACAACAGUGGGAGUUUCGGGUGUGCGGAGUCUUCCUGGUGGAUUCCCAGUUCAUGGUGGAGUCUUUCAAGUUCAUCUCGGGAGUCAUGGCGGCCCUGAGCGCUAUGGUGUCGUUGGAGAUUCCCCAAGUAAACAUCAUGACCAAAAUGGAUCUGCUCAGUCCUAAAGCCAAGAAAGAAAUUGAACAGUACCUUGAUCCUGAUAUGUACUCCAUGAUGUCGGAUAACUCUGACACCAUCCGAAGUAAAAAGUUUAAGAAGCUGACCAAAGCUAUUUGCGAACUGAUUGAUGACUACAGUUUGGUGAGAUUUCUGCCCUUUGACCGUACAGAUGAUGAAGGUAUCAACAUAGUACUACAACAUAUUGACUUCUCGAUUCAGUACGGAGAGGAUCUGGAAGUCAAGGAGCCAAAGGAGAUUGAUGAAAAUCCCGGUGAAAACAAUUUUGAGGAGUUAUUUCAAGGUCAAGUGGAAAGCUGAGAAAUGUCACUUCAGGACUUCAUGUUCUAUUUGGACUCUCUAAAAUGCAUAUGAAGAACCAGGAAGUGCAGCCCAAUGGCUGAGGGACUUGUGUUGUUGGCAUUUAUCCUGUUUGUUAUUAUUAUAAACUUUUAGUUUGGUGUAAAAUACGUUUUAAAUAUUAUUUUUAAUAAUAAACAAACUUCCAAACUGCA